AUGUUUUUACUCUUGAAACCCUGAUCGAUCAAUCAAUCAAUCUCUCUCUCUCCCUCUCUCUCUCUUUCAGAUUCUUGGUUUACUCGUUUACCGUUCUUCUACCUUCUAAUCGUUGUUGGACCCUAGCUUUCUCCGAAAACCCUAACUCUUUGCCUCGUGAAUCACCGGGUUCGUCCUCUCUGAUCAUCUUGAAGGCGCAGUUGGUUAUUUGUCUGAUCGGUUCAGCUUACCGAGUGUGAGCUACCAUGAAUAUGCAACCAGUCUUACGUCCGAGAUCUUCAGCUAACGGAUUCUCACAUAGAAGAGCUGAAAGAGAGGGAGGGAUGAGUAAGGCACAUCCUGUAAACUCUCUCCCUGUUAAGCCACCAAAUACAGUAGUGAGCGGGGAGGCUGCAUGUUUGGAGAACCCUUCUCGCGAUCGGUUAGUGUAUCUUGCAACAUGUAUGAUCGGUCAUCCUGUGGAAGUGCAGCUAAAAAAUGGAUCACUUUAUUCAGGCAUAUUUCAUGCAGCUGACGUUGAGAAGGAUUUCGGUAUCAUUUUGAAAAUGGCAUGCUUGAUUAAGGAAGGCACUUCACGAGCACAGAAAUCUCGUUCUGAGUUUGUCAGCAAGCCACCGUCCAAGACAUUGAUUAUACCUGCUGAUGAACUUGUGCAAGUUGUCGCUCAUGAGCUUUCUAUAACCAGGGACGGAAUGUCAGAUGCCCUUAAGUGUGAGAAGCCAUCAGAUCUGUUGACCGACUCUUCUAUAUCGCAGUCUUCUCGUGUUGACAUGGGAAGAGAGCUGAAACCUUGGGUGCCUGAUGAGGAUUUUCCAGAGUGUCCCGAAUUGGAGGAUGUGUUUGAUGGCCCUUGGAAUAGGGGCUGGGAUCAGUUUGAGGUCAAUAAGACAUUGUUCGGAGUAAAGAGCACCUUCAACGAGGAACUUUAUACCACAAAGCUCGAGAGAGGUCCUAAGACAAGAGAGCUGGAAGAGCAAGCCAUAAGGAUUGCCAGAGAGAUUGAGGGUGAGAGCACCCGAGAUAUUCACAUAGCAGAGGAAAGAGGCCUUCAGCUCAAUGAGACAUUUGAUACCGAUGAGGAAACCAAGUACUCAUCAGUCCACAGGGUUGAGGAAUUUGAUGAUAGUGGGUUAAAAGAUGAGGAAGAUAUAUUACUGGACUCAUGCAACAAUCUGACUUUCGGUGAUACAUCUGCUUCUGAUGGCAACAAGUCGGCUUCAAGUGGUGGCAAAGCCAACGAAGAAGCAUGGGGUGGUGACCUGUCUACUCAGAGAAACUUAAGUACGGAUCAAAGCUGUUCGAUCUCCGGCAAGAUUGUUCAGGAGCAUGUAUCUGAACAGCCAUCCAAAGAUUUGUCUGCUCCAGACAGCAAUAUCAGGACCGAGAUACAGUUGAGUGAGCAAAGAAGUAGUAGUCUGGAAGUCGCUGACAAUGACAGACAGCCAUCUGAGGAAUCAGUGUCUGGCCUUGGAGAUUCUCAGCCAUCCUUGAACGAGAGUGAAGAAGAUAUCAGCAAAAGUGGAAAAGCUGUGGGAACGGUAAUCUCUGAUCUGCUGCCUCCACCAAAAGCUGGUAAGCCAAAACCCGAGAGCACAUCUGGGCAUCCUAACAGCUCUGCUUCCGCUACUUCAGAAACUGGUAAUGCCGCUCCCUCAGCAUCAAGUCGUUCGGGACUAUCACCAAGCUCAUCAGUCGGGUCUUUGACCUCAGAAAAAUCCACACUCAACCCGAAUGCAAAGGAAUUCAAGCUGAAUCCGAAUGCGAAGAGCUUCAAACCGUCGUCUCAAUCAGCUACAAGGCCUCCAUCUCCAGUUGCGGAUGGAUCCUUCUACUAUCCUCCUCCUGUUAUCCCACAGAUGAUGCCUCUUGUUGGCUAUGGCCAGAUGGGACAGGUGUUUCAUGGCCAGCAGCCCAUAAUGUACACUCCACAGCUCUCUCCCAUGCAAGCUCCUCCUCAAACAACAUACUUUCCCCCAAACGCACCCCAGCCACAGUACCCUCAUCAGCAACACAUGAUGCUUGGUCAGCAGCCUAGACCGACGGUAGUUUACAUGCCUCCGUAUCAGCCUCAGCCGGAAAUGCCAUACGGCAGGGGACGAGACUAUUAGAGAUGAUGAUAUGGUGGAAGCAAUAAUCAUUUACAUCUGACUGCCUUUUACUAACAGAGUGGGUUUGAGUUUUAUUCAUUUGUUUCUCGUUUGCCUUUUAGAAAAACUCAGUGCUGGACUUUCCUUGAUUAGUCUAAAACCAUUUGUGAUACUAUUAACCAUCUCACACAUUGUUAUAAUGUAACAUAUAGUUGUAGGACAUGUUCUAUUUUUUUCCUUAGUCGUUAGGCUGAAUCCGUA